UUCAAACAAAGACAGCCAAUGACUAACUUCUGGUUGCUAGGUGGGGCCUUCUUUUAAAUCCUAUAAAGUCAGAAGCCCAAGGCUCCACUUCUAGUGAGAAAGGGUCAGAGAAUACUCUGUUUAGUGCUUCAGGAAAAAAAAAGUUGGGAAAAAGGAUACUUAUUUAAAAUGGCAAUGGUAUCAGAAUUCCUCAAGCAGGCCUGGUUUAUUGAACAUGAUGAGCAGCAAUAUGUUCAAACUGUGAAAGGAUCCAAAGGUGGUCCCGGAUCAGCCGUGAGCCCCUAUCCUACCUUCAAUCCAUCCUCAGAUGUCAGUGCCUUGCACAAAGCGAUAACAGUUAAAGGGGUGGAUGAAGCAACCAUCAUCGACAUUCUAACUAAGCGAAACAACGCACAACGCCAGGAGAUCAAAGCAGCAUACUUCGAGGAGAUAGGAAAGCCCUUGGAUGAAGACCUGAAGAAAGCCCUCACAGGUCACCUGGAGGAAGUUGUUUUGGCUCUACUGAAAACUCCAGCCCGGUUUGAUGCUGAUGAACUCCGUGCUGCCAUGAAGGGCCUUGGAACAGAUGAGGACACUCUGAUUGAAAUUUUGACAUCAAGAGGUAACAAAGAAAUCAGAGACAUAAACAGAGUCUACAGAGAUGAACUGAAGAGAGAUCUGGCCAAAGAUAUCACCUCAGAUACGUCUGGAGAUUUUCGGAAGGCUUUGCUCUGUCUUGCCAAGGGUGAUCGAGCUGAGGAUCUUAGUGUGAAUGAAGACUUGGCUGAUACAGAUGCCAGGGCCUUAUAUGAAGCAGGAGAAAGAAGAAAGGGUACAGAUGUGAAUGUGUUCACUACAGUUCUUACCACAAGAAGCUAUCCCCAGCUUCGCAGAAUGUUUCAGAAGUACACCAAGUACAGUCAGCAUGAUAUGAACAAGGUUCUGGACCUGGAGAUGAAAGGAGACAUUGAGAAGUGCCUCACAGCUAUUGUGAAGUGUGCUACAAGCAAACCAGCUUUCUUUGCUGAGAAGCUUCAUCAUGCCAUGAAGGGUGCUGGAACUCGUCAUAAGACACUGAUCAGGAUUAUGGUUUCCCGUUCUGAAAUCGACAUGAAUGAUAUCAAAGUAUUCUAUCAGAAGAUGUACGGUGUGUCUCUUUGCCAAGCCAUUCUGGAUGAAACCAAGGGAGAUUAUGAAAAAAUCCUUGUGGCUCUCUGUGGAGGAAACUAAACAUUCCUUUGAUGUUUUCAAGCAUUGGGACCAGAAGACUUUAAAAUCAACUUUCUAGUUUAGAGCAUAGGCUUAAACAGGAAUGUUUCUUCAGCAGGAUUCAGUCUAGCUACCUGCUUUCUGAAAAAUAUAGCCUAUAAACCAUUUUUGUACCACAGUUCUGUUAUUAUAGAGCUAAGUUUUUUUUUUUAACAUAUUUACCCCAAACUGUAAACCCCCAUACAAAAGUUGUUCUAGUAAUAUUACCUGAGAAAUAGAUUUAUGUAGUUGAUAAUAAAAUGAAAUUAUAGGACAUUGGUAUGUCA